AUGGCCUUCAAGUUCCUGACUUUCGCCGCUCUGGUAGCCGUUGCCCGCGCUGGCCUCAUUGCCUCGCCAGCAGUUUCCUACGCUGCUGCUCCGGCCCUUGUUGCUGCUCCGGUAGCCAAGGUCGCUACUUAUGCCGCCCCGAUCGCCAAGGUUGCGUACGCCGCCCAGCCAGAAGAGUACGACCCGAACCCUCAGUACUCGUUCUCGUACGGAAUCUCGGACUCCCUGACCGGAGACUCCAAGUCCCAGCAGGAAUCCCGCAGCGGAGAUGUUGUCCACGGAUCGUACUCGGUCGUUGACGCCGAUGGUUACAAGCGUACCGUUGACUACACGGCUGACCCACACAACGGAUUCAACGCUGAGGUCCGUCGUGAGCCUCUGGGUGCUAAGGUCAUUGCUGCCCAGCCCGCUGUCGCCUAUGCUGCUCCUCUGGCCACUAAGACCAUCUCUUACGCCGCUCCAGUAGCCAAGACCAUCUCGUACGCCGCUCCAGUAGCCACCAAGACCUACGUCUCGAGCCCAGCUGUGUCCUACGCCGCUCCUCUGGCCACCAAGACCUAUGUCUCGAGCCCAGCUGUGUCCUACGCCGCUCCUCUGGCCACCAAGACCUACGUCUCGACUGUGUCCUACGCCGCUCCUCUGGCCACCAAGACCUACGUCUCGAGCCCAGCUGUGUCCUACGCCGCUCCUCUGGCCACCAAGACUUACGUCUCGAGCCCAGCUCUCUCGUAUGCCGCCCCGGCCUACGCUUCCUACCACUAAACCCUGAAAAGACUUGAACUCACUGUUACAUGAAGAUGGUUAUUUAUUACAAG